CCAGCCACGGGCCCAGCCCCAGCCCCAGACCAGCAUCAUGGGCAGGCCCCAGCCGGCUGCCCUUGGGGGGCACCUGGGUGGUGGGCAUCUAGCCUGGCAGAGGUGAAAGGGCAGGUCCUCCAGAGGCAGGACAUCCCAGGAGGCCAAGCCUGGGGCCCAGCCCCAGCGGUCGUGUGCCUCUGGACGGGCCUCUGGGAAGAGCAGGAACAGUGUGGGUGGGGUGGACCCAGGGCCAGGAAGGAUGGGGUGAGGUGGGUAGUUCUGGGGCUGCAGCCACAGAGAAAGCUUGGGCCAGCCCCAAGAGGUGGAGAAGCAUGAGGCCUGUCGGUGGCAAGGGGGACACAGACCCAACCAGAGUCAACAUUGAGCGGGGCCGGGUGCGGGGGAAGGCUACACGUGCAGACCGCAGCCUCCCCGGCUCUCUGCAAGCACGCAGCACCCGAAUCAUGAACUCUCUCGCUUAUUCUCGGGCACAAGAGCUCCCGCCGCGCAGGAAGCUGCCCUGGGGCACUGGUGCGAGGCCCCCACGCCGUCACCCGCCUGCGGGGCGCGCACGCGUGCUCGCCAUCGCCGGGAAGGUGCAGGGCCGAGGGGCGCAGGCAUGGGCCGGGGACGCGCAGGGAGCCACGCCGCCGGUCGGCCCCGAGUCUUCUGCGCGCCCUCCCCCGCCCGCGGCCGAAGGGUUAAAGCAGGGGGGCGGGCCACCGCGCGGACGGCCACCCAUUCCAGCCAAUGACGGGCGCGCCUGCCUGGGCCCGCCCUGCUGGAGGGGAUCGAGGGGGCGCGCGUGGCGAGGGCGGGCGGGGCAGGAAGGAAUUCCGAGGGAGGUGAGCCCGGCGGUGCUGAGCUCUCCUCCAGGCGCAGGAGGGGCCAGGAGCCUGGCUGUGCCCCGCAAGACCUCUUCUCCACUCACAGCCUCAGUUUCCCCACCUUCACAGUGAGAGGCAUGGGUGCUUGCCUGCGGCGGGCAGAGCCCAGGUUGGGGGACAGGAGUCAGUUCAAGGGGACCAGGGGCAGGCAGACCAGGAAGCUCUGCCCCACCAGGGUGGACCCGUCUCCUGCAGGGGCAACCCCUUCUGGCCUGUCCCCCUCCCUGGCCUCCCGACCUGCAGUCCUGGCUGAGUUGCCCGAGCUCCAGCCUGGAGCCCGGGGAACCCCAGCGGCCUCCUGGCUCACCCCCUCCAGCAGUUCCUUCUUCCCCAGCUCUCUAGUCCUGAAGAUACACCAACCUCCCAAAUUGCAGCGUGUGCCGUGGUUAUGGCCGUGCCGCUGGGGGGGUGGGGGGGGGGCCUCACCUCCCUGAGCCUGGUGCCCCCAUCCUAGGGGCUUGAUGAAACCUGACUCACAGCUGGUACUGAGGUCCAAACCGGGAUGCUGGGUGUAGGCCGCUGGCACAGGGCCCAGAUCCCAGCUGGUGAGGACAGUGAUGCUGGUGACGACUGUCCUGCCUUCCAGUCACCUGUAGGGGAAAGACCAGACACCUUAGCAUGUUACAAACACAAGGCCCAGCCAAAGCCCUCCUCUUCCAGGAAGGCUUCCUGCCUUGUGGGACUGACCGCCCAGAACCCCUGUCUCACCCUGGGGCCGAGCACAAAGGAAGAGCCCAGGAAAUGUGUGUGGCUCAUUAAAUGCCUCUCUCUGGAAGCCCUGUGGCUCCAGAAAUCUCCCAGACCCAGCGAAUCAGGGAAGGGGAGGGGCUUCUUCCCCAGUGAGCUGCAGUCGGCAUCCAGCAUCAGCAGGGGUGCGCAUGAGGAGCCCCGGCCCAAGGGGGCAGUGCUCUCUGCCCUGGACUCUGCAGGACAGUCCCUGUGCCUCCCACACCACCCGCCUGUGAGGGAGCCAGGUCCGGUGAGCUGCACACAGAGCCGUGAGGAGUCUGGACUCACCAGCCCUGGAGAUGGCGGGAAACUGCUCCUGGGAGCCCCAUCCCAGCAACAGGAACAAGAUGUGUCCCGGUGUGAGCGAGGCCCCAGAACUCUACAGCCGCGGCUUCCUGACCAUCGAGCAGAUCACCAUGCUGCCCCCACCGGCUGUCAUGAACUACAUCUUCCUGCUCCUGUGUCUGUGCGGCCUGGUGGGCAACGGGCUGGUCCUCUGGUUCUUCGGCUUCUCCAUCAAGAGGAGCCCCUUCUCCACCUACUUCCUGCACUUGGCCAGCGCCGACGUGGGCUAUCUCUUUAGCAAGGCCGUGUUCUCCAUCCUGAACACAGGCGGCUUCCUGGGUGCGUUUGCCGACUACAUCCGCGCCGUGUCCAGGAUCCUGGGGCUCUGCAUGUUUCUCGCCGGCGUGAGCCUCCUGCCGGCCAUCAGCUCGGAGCGCUGCCUGUCGGUCAUCUUCCCCGCCUGGUACUGGCGCCGGCGGCCCAAGCGCCUGUCGGCUGUAGUGUGCACCCUGCUCUGGAUCCUCUCGCUCCUGGUCACCAGCAUCCACAACUACUUCUGUGUGUUCCUGGGCCGCCAGGCCUCUGGGGCGGCCUGCAGGCACAUGGACGCCUUCCUGGGCAUCCUGCUUUUCCUGGUGUUCUGCCCGCUGAUGGUGCUGCCCUGCCUGGCGCUCAUCCUGCACGUGGAAUGCCGGGCCCGGCGGCGCCAGCGCUCCGCCAAGCUCAACCACGUCAUCCUGGCCAUGGUCUCCAUUUUCCUCGUGUCCUCCAUCUACUUGGGGAUCGACUGGUUCCUCUUCUGGGUCUUCCAGAUCCCGGCCCCCUUCCCCGAGUACGUCACCGACCUGUGCAUCUGCAUCAACAGCGGCUCCAAGCCCGUCGUCUACUUCCUGGCCGGGAGAGACAAGUCACAGAGGCUGUGGGAGCCUCUAAGGGUGGUCUUCCAGCGGGCCCUGCGAGACGGCGCCGAGCUGGCGGAGGCCGGGGGUGGCACGCCCAACACGGUCACCAUGGAGAUGCAGUGUCCCUCCGGGAACGCCUCCUGAGAGCCCAGCACCUGGAGAGGAGGCAGAAUCCAGGAGCAGCCUGUGGCCUCCAGAGACCCUUUCCCGCAGGACAGGAGCUGGGCAGCCGCCUUGGUGCCCAAGGGCAAGGAGAAAAGUCUGCUUCCCACACUCCUGCCUCCUUCUCCCUGGGCGAGGCUCUGGGGUGGCCAAGGGACCGAGCAACCACCUGCAAACAGAGCCCAUGGCCCCGCUGGGCUCUCCCAGCCAUACUCCUCCUUCAGUGACCCAUUAUACAGAAAUUGUCCCAGGCAGUGGGCCAGGUGGUGGCCUGCAGGCUGGUGAGGCAGAGAGCAGGGGUCACGCAGCCCCGUCCGACUCCUGCCCCUGUGGUCAGCCCUCCUUGGAAAUGACACAGCUGGCACCAUCGCCAUCCAGCCAGCAGCUUUGUCCCCGCCACUGGGGCACUUGCUCUUCCCAUUGCAUCCUCUCAAGGCAACAUGAGCGAGCAGACCCGAGGGAAUGGUGCUUUCUGGGAGAGGGUACUGGCGACCCGCCCUGGGGCUCCGCCUUUCUGCCAAUGAUGUCCCGCCCCAGCCCCCAGAUGAAUCCUCUGCUGACUUUCCUGGGACAGUCUUGGUCAUGGCGAGUGGCUGGAGACGGAAGGGACCUUCGGCCAGCUGGGGUGGGUCACUCUCUUUUCGGACUCCAUGCCCGCCAGCUCCAGCAGCCUCCGGAGUGCACGGUGUGUCCGAGCUGCUGUCCACCCGGUCCUCAGGGCUCCAGGCUCCAACCCCCACCCGAAAGUGGGCACUGGCUCUCCCUGGCCCCCCAGCCCACCUGCAAGCCCCGCGGCCCCGCGUAGCCGGAGCAAGUUUGAUGAGAGACCAUAAAUGUGUAUCAAUAAACGUUUUAUAUCUUGCACUG